AUACAACUAUGCAGAUGACAUUUGACUGUCGUAUACCGAAAUGAAGUGAAUUGCGAGAUGUUAUGGAGUUAUUUUAACUGGAAAGAAGUGUAGGAUAUGCUUAGUCUGGCGAGGAAACUGAAGAAGGACGAUGGCCAGUCUCAGAACAAGCAGAACAAGCGUGUCUCGGUGCGUGACAAGCUGCUAAUCAAGGAGGUGCAGGAGAUGGAGCAGACUCUGCCGCCCACGUGCCGUGUGCACUUCGACGACCCCCACCAGCUGCACGCCUUCCGGCUGACGGUGACGCCCGACGAGGGGCUGUGGCACGCCGGCCACUUCCACUUCCUGGUCACCGUCCCCGAGGAGUACAACAUGAUGCCGCCGGCGGUGCGCUGCACCACGAGGAUCUGGCACCCGAACAUCAGCGAGGACGGGGAGGUGUGCCUCAGCCUGCUGCGGCAGAACUCCAUCGACGGCAUGGGCUGGGCGCCCACCAGGAAGCUCAAGGACGUGGUGCUGGGCCUCAACAUGCUCUUCACGGACCUGCUGAACUUCGACGACCCGCUCAACAUCGAGGCUGCGGAGCUGUACGAGAGGGACAAGGCCGCCUUCCGCUCGCGCGUCCAGGACUACGUGGCGCAGUACGCCCGGAGGUGAGGGCCGCCGCCUGCACGGCCCCGUUCGACCACGCUUCCGGCCGUCCCGUUCCCUGCCGGCCGCCUGCGCGAGACGAGACCGCACCGGCCAGGGCACAGGCGGCACUGCUCGCCCUCGGGACAUUCGUUUUUCCCCUCGCGCCGCAAGUUAUCCUCGUCCGGUGUGAAUGAUGUCUGUGCCGUGCGUUGCCUCUAGGUCCACUCGUGUUAUGUUUUCAGAAUUGUUUUGCUCAUUGUGUGUUCCAUGCGGUCCCCGCGUGGCUUUGACAGUUAGGGAACGUUGUGAGUCUCCUCUCAGCUGUUGAGAGGCUUCCGAGUCGUACGUACGCAGCAGAACUUGCUGUUUACAUUGAUGUAAUGUCAGAAAUGUUGUCAUAGUUAAAUCAUUUUGUAUUGUUACUCUAUCUAACUAGAUGAAAAACUCUGUUAAGAAGUUUCUGCUAAAAGCUAUUUUAACAAAUAGAAAAGUCUGAGGCUUUUAUAAAAAAAAAUAAUCCUGACAACCCUUGAGUUCCGUAGCCUAACAAUCGUAGCUUUAUAACGUUAUUAUACAGUUGUAUAUUUGUAUACAUGAGCAACAACUUAACACUAGAAUACAAAUUGUUGCCAGCAAAGAUUAUCUUAUCUUGCAUUCUGUUUGUGUACACGGGUGUCAACAUUAAGGUAAAUUUAAAUUUGAUUAUUACAGAUUAUAUAAAUACAAUUUUGAUCAUAACAAUUUUAAUAAAUAUGUGGUGGUAUUACUUACUGCAUGUAGAUGAUACGCAAGCUUUUUAUGUCGAAUUUGGAAGAGUCAAAUCAUUAUAAUCAAAUUUCAAAUAAUUUCGUAAAAAUGUGGCCUAUUCACAUUCCACCUUCGCCCUGAUCGGGAACACUUAUUCAAAACAGGUUGAAUUAUGUCUAUUUUGGUCAGGUACAGGAAAACUGCUAAGGUGGGAAAUUCUUAAGAGGGUUUCACUAGUUCCUUAGCAAUAAAUUAACAAAUUUUCUGGGAAGUUGCAUGAAACGUCCAACUGCUUUCCUGAAAACUAAAUGUUGUACAUUUAUGUUUAUUACCAACAUGUGCAUAUUGUUCACUUGGGUUUUACUUCGGUUUGGAUUUAUGAGUUAUAAACAUUUGCAAAAGGAAACACGUAUAAGUAUACUUAUUUGUUAAUGCAUUACACUAUUGGGAAAAGAAAGCCAAAUCGUUAAAUUAAAAGUUGGCUUGAACUUUCUGGUGAACACUGGUGAUGAAAAAAAAUAGGUAUAAAAUUAACUCUCUUUUAGUGACUUUUUCAGCGAGGUUUGUUAUGUAUGUUAAACUGUGUGAUAUCAACCAUUAAAUGAAAUAGUUUUAUUGUGUGUGCAUGAUAACAGUAGUAGACAAAACACCCUCAAAAAAUGUUUUCAGGCUUUUCAUAAUUUUUAUGUGGAUUAUUUCUUAGCCUGCCUCUUUUAAUGUUCUAAGUUUAUCAUAUACAUAUAUUUGGUAACAUUAAGAUAUUCCCUCAUUUUGUAAACAUUAGUGAUGUGUCAGUUCUAUUUUUUUUUUUUCCCCUGGUUCUCGGUUCUAUGUUAAACUUCACACGAUUUCCAGUCACACCGAAAGGGACAUUACGUGUAUGACUGUCAGCAUCCUCACUUUACCACAAACAAGUCACCUAGCACCUAGGUAGCACAGGUGUCUCGUGUUUACUAGAUGCUGGAACAGCACUACCAACAUCCUGUGGCCCAGCAGUAUCUAGUAACACAUAUAAACUAUUAUUUUUUAGCUACACCCAAUAAAUUAUUGCUUGAGAAAAAUAUAUUGUUCAAAAGAAAUUAAGUUGACUAUAAAAAAAAUAGUGAUAGUAAAAACUAACAUGGUAGUUGCAACAUGCCAAAGCGAUUUUACAGGGUGGCCACCUGACCAGGAAAAUUGUAAAACCUUGAAUUAGCCGGGAAUAUUUUUCGGUACUGGGAAAACCCUUGAGAAACCCCAUGAGUUUUUGAAAGCCAUCGGGAAUUAUUUUUUUGACAGCAAGUUAAAAAGAACCUUGUUGAAAAACUGCUGGUUGUGCCUUCAAAGUGCAUCACUUUUGCAAUUUUCGAGCGCGGUCUACCGGCGAACCUCCGAAGUAAGUGUGAGGAACGUGACAUCUGAUAACACUAUGGGUUGCCGGCGAAGAGCCAGAGAGAGAGGAAGUGGCCACUCAAUUUAUAUCCGUUCUUCUCUCGUGUUUCUUGAUUACUUUCACAUCUGUAGAUUUUCACCGCCGGUAAUAAUAAACAGAAGUCAUGACUGACAACUUUUACAUUUGGCACGUGAAAGAUUGGAGGCUGUAUUGCAAAAUAAAACUAAAAAAAUAAUUGUUGAAUGUGGAAUAUUUAAGCAUCUUGGGAAAUAAUUUUUUUAAUGGUUAACCCAAGAGAAGAACAUAUAUUUGUUUAUUAAGAUUUUACAGUUCCAAUUAGAUUAGAUAUAUUUGUUCUACAGCCGGUAUGAAAGUGAUUUUUAUAGUAAAUAGUUUUAAAAAAAAAACUUGAAUGUACACGUAGUAAGGUACUUUUACAACUCAACAUAAUUAUGUGCAUAUUAUUGUGAUUGAAGGGUUAUCUAUUAAGAAUUUUAAGUUAGGAAUAUGUUUUUGUAUGCUCAAAUAACUUAAAUACUGGUGAGAAAUUUAAUUGUUUAUGUUAAUAAUUAUUACCUGUAAUGUGUAAACUGUUUUCAUCCCUGGCAGCUGCUGAAGUAUUUGGCUGUGUUAUUUAUAAAUGCUUUGUUUUCCUAAAAUUGUGCUUUUGUUUGCUUCCGUCAUAGUUUAAACAACAUACAAGAGCUACUAAAUAUGUAAUGUUCAGGAAGUACACUUUAUCACUGAAGUAAUAUAGUCAUACAGGAAUACUUUCUGUUUUACAUAAUAUUAAAUGGUUGGUAUUCAAUAUUAAAUUGUUAAUGAGGUUUCAGCUCUGAUGUAAUCAACAUUGUUAGCUAAAUUAAAUACAUUUUUACUAAGGUAGUAACCUUUUUAUGAAAUUUCAUAGAAAAACCUUAAAAAUCUUGGGGGGAAAAACUGGAAUUUGGUUUUGCCACUCUAUUUUGGUGGCCACUCUGUUGCAAGUUAUGUAAAAGUGAUGUAAUGCUGCAAAAGUGUUAGCAAAUAACUUCUGUUCACGAUUAUUAGACAAUCGUGGUAUUUUAAUUUUGAGAUAAUUUUUAAAAGUUUCUCGAGUCCUAUUUUUACUCAGGUCUACUUUUAGUUGAAAUGAUCAUCCCUGUUACCUAGUGAAAACAUGGACAAAAAUAGGCCUGCCAGCCGGGCUUGUGAUGCCGUAAAGGAGGAGGGGGGGGGGGUGAUUGAGGGAAUUUUCAAAGAUUUAUGAACCUUUACUUUCAUAUCAGGGUGCUGAUGUUAUCUAUUUAUUGGCUUACAGGGAAGUAGGGAAAACGUAUGUGUGGGGGGGGGGGGGGUUUGUCAUCCACAAUGUGUGUCCCCUUACAUUGGCAUUUUACUGAAAGUCUGCUGUAUUUUCACCAGGAACGUUUUGGCUGUUAAGACUAUAUUUAUAGUUUUAUGGUUAUUUUUGCUGGCUAUUUUUCUGGGAAUAUAUAAUCAGGACCGAAACGUCAGUACUAAGCAUACUUAUUUUAUUUUUAGCAAAUUCAAAGGGGUAGGCAGCUUGCAGUGCCUAGAUAAGGAUAUAGGUGUCCUGAAAACUGACAAACUGCAUUAUUACUGAAAUCCUCAACACUAAAGUCUGUGAAACAAAACUUGCUUGUUUGCAAUCAGAUCCGGUGUAUUAAGCAGCUGAGCACAACCCCAUAGGACAGAUUGAAACAAAGACCAAGAAACUAAUUACUGAUUCUUCACUUCCAAAAUUAGUCAAGAAACUGCUAAUUCUCAGAGAUAGCAGAACGCCCAAAUUCUUUGUACUACUGAAAGUUAUAACGGUUCGUUAUAUACAAAAUAAACAGUUCAACGUCGAUUGUAAUUUUGUUGUUUUUAUUUUUUCAUACUAGGAUGCACAGACGAAUCCAAACACUUCCAUAAGAGGUUGCUCACUCAUUCCACAUACAUAUACCCGUCGAAAAAUGCUCGUAGUUCGCGUGAUGCGAAUUAACGAAAAAAUAGCGUCUUUCAGUAAUGUUUUUACUAGUACACGAAAUUAGUGCGGCCUUAAACGUGGCCGCACCCAGCGAAACCGAAUUUCGCCCCGAGCCAAAUGCCGACGAAGGUGGCAGCAAUUUCUAAUUAUUGUCCAAAAGAAAAUAAAACAAAUUAGGUUGACUUAAUAUUCGGCCUGGCUCUGACCACCAACGUGAAAUUAUCCAUUAGUAAAUUACAUUAUAAUUUAGCGAGAAGCCACUGAACGCGACCUACUGGUGCAGCAGUCGGCAGACAAAUGGUGAACUCAUGAACUCGUCUCCUCCACGCAGGGAGUAGACGUCACAUGACCUCACCGACCAAUCACACGCAUGCUUCAUUCACUCUUACAGAUACAAGCCAAUCACAGAACAAGUUACAAUACAUGUAAAAACCUUUUACACACAGAACUCUGGGCUUCCCCUGAUCAGUCUCUUUUCAAUUUCACAUCGAAAUCGGGGACUUCCAUUCUCGUUCUCUCUCCCACACCGUGAGACAGCAGUUAUCACUCGGUUCCCAUGCAGGGGGGGAAUUCCCGUCUUUAUCUCGGUUGGCGGGGAAGCACUGUUCCUUUCUCACUCCCACUUACAGGCCUCACAUGCCUCUCUUUCUAACCAUCACACAAGCCCAGACACAGUCCCGUGAUUUAUAAUUAUAUUACAACACGUUAAUAAAAUUUAAGAACAAUAAUUAUAAUACGAAUUACUUUACAAAAUUAAACUUAUUGAGAAAAACCUGAAUAAGUAGGCCUAAACAGGUAAAAAUCUAGAACAGCGACUUCUUUGUGAAUAAUUACAUAAAAAAUAGUACUGAUUGAAAAUGUCUAAUAAAGUACAAAAUACCUUCUUAAAACACAAAGCAAGUGCAAACAUCAACCCUAAAAUAUAUAACAAACGGUAAAAUAUCAUUAGAAAGACUUUUUAGGAAAUAUUUACAUUCAUGAAAAUAGUUUAAAAGAAAAAUUAUUUAAUUAGGAGGGCAGGGUUCUGCAACAUUACAAAGUCCACUAGCCAGACAUUCCACUUACCUUGUUGUCAGCACAGUAAGCUCUCCAACACAUGCCGUAGUCUGAUGUCGCAGCGAACUCAAAACCCUGAUACUACCAAACAUCAGUCACUCUGCACAUUUCGAAGAAACCUUACAAACUGACAAUGACUGUGUAAGCCUGCAGUCUACUUUCUUUGUUUAUUAAUAGUAAUUCUACCAAGGCCCCCACCUACUGUGGCACACACACAAUGUGCAGAGCUCCAGAAGAAACCACACAAUUUGAAAACUGAACAAAAUAUCCGAUUGGUGUCUGCUUGCAAAAAAUCAUUCAAUAAUAUGCUGAGGGUGGAUAAUUAGUUCUGUUUUCAUAUUUUGUUUUCAAAAUGGUAUUUUUAGAAGGGUAAAAUGUUGUUUCUGAAUAAAAUUUAAGGCACGAAACAGCCUAUAUAGAUUCUUGAAAGCUUUUAAGGGUUUUGUGUUAUGCCUUUAUUUUUAUUACUCCGCCAUAUAAAUUAACGGUUAUAACUCAAAUCUUACAGUUGACCUAUUCAUAGGGGCAUGCAAAUUUCGCGAAAAGAUUUCGAGACUAGCUGAAAGUUAAAACACUGUAGCAUUGUCUGUGUUCCGUUAUUGGGUGAUUUUCUUUCAGUUACAUGUCGAUUGUUACAACACCAAUCACAGCAAUUCAGUGCGGAAGCAAAAGCGUCCUGAAUGGCUCGGGUCAAAUAAGUAACGACUUCUCUCGCAGACGGCCGCCAACCACAAGGAAGAAACCACAGUCGCUGGUAUACCUUGUUGCAGUCUAAUAGGCGUUCAGAUCUUUUCGCGAAAAAUACCUGCCCCUACCUGUUCACGAUGAGGAGAUUGUGCACCAGUCCAGAGGCGAUACCGCGUUAGAUGCACCAGCGGAGCGUCAACUUAUCAUCCCUCCACACCACCACAAAUGCGCCCCUGACUAGACGGGCCCCUGAGCAGUUCUUUGUACCUAGCAGAAUAAGUCCAUUGUAACUGUGACACGUUGUUAAAAAUGCUGUGUAUGUGCUGGCAUGUACAAGGUGUCUACAGGUCACGGAAGUCACUAACGUCACGAAAAAGUAACAAAAAGGACUUGCCAAAAAUUCACAAAAAAAAGUCUUCAAAUAAACAAGAACACUGCUGGAAGUCACAAAAAUUCAUUUUCUAGCAGCCUUUUGCUGAUUUGCUUUUGGUUUUUCUGACACCUCAGUAUAGUAGCAUAAUAAAAAAUUAAUAGUCGGAGACAGUCCACUCUUAAAUCACAUGUAAAUUAUCUGUGAGAAGAUUUUAGCUUUCCAACAUAAAAAUCUGCAUGUUCCUGCAGUGGUAGAUCUGUAUUGUGUUAGGUUUAAUUUGGUAUUUGUAUAAAAAUGACCCAAGUUGGUUGAAAAUUGUUGUAAGAAAAUUUCAUUUAAAUGUCCUGAAAAAAGUCCUUAAAUUGAUUCCUUGGGGUAUUUGUAGGCAUCCUGAACAGCUAGAGUAGUAGCUCAUUCAGUGGGGGGAUAAAAGAUUAAAAACCAAUCGAGAUGAGGUUUUUUUCAUUGCGAGUCUAAACAUCAAUAACCUAAAAGCAGUCUACGAAGAUGGGUGCUAAAGGUCCUAGAUAUCCAAAGUUUCUUUGAGUCAUGCAAUUUAUUGCAUCACUGGAAUCAGAAAUAAUUAUGAAACAGGCUUGCUUAGAUUUUGUGCAGUGUGGUAGGGAACAUUUAAGUGAGCAAUCUCAUUUAGCUGCCUAAAGUUCUGCUAUCUCCCAAAGGUCACACACAAAUUUCCUUCCCAGUAGAUAAUUUUCAUGCUGUUAAAGCCUGAUGAAUCAAUUUAGGAGCUAUACUAUUAAAUUCUCAAUUUGUAUUUUCUUAAAGCACAUGAAAUAUUUCAAGUAUUUGCUUGGAUCAGUUCUUGAGUAUCAAAAAAAAAAAAAUUCUUUUCUAGUUUAUUUAAUAAACAUGUUUUGUUGGUAAAAGGAUUGUUUUAACUGUAAAAGUGUCUGCUAUGUGUCAACUUUGAAAUAUUAAUUAAUUUUUAUUUAAAUUCGGACAGUAAUAAAACUGUUUGGCCACUAUGAAAGUUUCUAGUCCAUACUUAUCAUUAACUAUCCUGCAUAGUUACUUAUUGUUUAAACUCUUUCAUAUGACAAGGUUAUUUUGGCUGUGUUUUGGAAAACUAGCUGUUAAAAAAUGCAAAGAUGUCUCAGGUUGAAAAGACUUUUUUUGCAAUGGCAAGGUAUGUACCAGAAAUUUUUUGCAUACAACUGUACUGUAGAUUCUAAGUCAUUGUAAAUUGAAAUAUUUCCUUGUAAAUAAAAUACUCAUUAUUUGAAAUGAUGUAUUUAUUUGCUUUCACGUUGCACACUACCAGUGUAAUCAUUUUAGUUUAUGAGAAUAAGAAAUAAUAAUUAAAUGCACGCACUUUGAAGGUAAAGUAUGUGUGCAAACACAUCACUGGUCAGUUGUGAUCAACAUAAAUCAUCCCUCACGUCCGCAUGUAGAAUUGUUUUUUUGGAGAAGGUCCAUAUUUGAAAGAAUGUUUUAUCUAGUGUAAAAUCUUAUUGUACUCAAAAUAGUGCAUGUACAUAAUUUUGAACACAUAUGUACUUCUUAGAAUCUACCAUUGAAAAACAUUAC